GUUCAAGGAUCUAUCCCGGUCCCAACAGCGAGUGACCGCGCCGGCGCCCUCACAAACGCCGCAUCCUCGGCCGCGCGGCGCAAGAACUGGCCGUUUCGCUCGCUCCAUUCCAUUCCCUUCGUUCAAGUUAUCAAUUCGUUCACAGUCGCUCACUCAGCCCUUGUCUCUUUCUUUCUUCUUGGUUUCAUGUGGGAGGAAGUUCCUGGUCUUUUAAUUCUUUUCUCAUUCGCCAAGAUACCUUUACCGAUUUGCAGCAUGUUUUUAGCAAGAGCGGUGAGUCGCUCAGUCUUAACGACUGCAAAAGGCCACCGCAUCGCCAUUGCGACAGGUUCGCCAGUCCGAUGCGCAGCACCAAGACUUUGGAGACCGUUCUCCAGUGAGCGGAUCCGACCGCCCGAGCCAGACAAUGGCUCAUCAUCAUCAUCAUCAUCAUCAUCAUCAUCACCACCACCACCGCCGCCGCCACCGCCACCGCCGCCCCCGGGACAGGAUGCCCAACCUUCUCUUCUGUCGAAAAUGCUGGAGGCGGCCGCCACCUCGUUGGCCUCCAUAAUCGUCCUCGGAGCCGGUUUUGGCCUAGCCGCCUAUGCUUACCAUAAGGGUUACAAGUACAUGGUGCUUCACAAGAUGGCCAACGCCUUUGAGCCCGGCGACCCCGUCCUAGAGCUUGCCGCAAUAGGCAAAGAUCUCCCGCUCUCCAAGACGGCCGCGGCCACCCACUGGGUGGAGCGGCCGGAGCAGCCCAUCGUCGACGACAUCGUCGCCGGCCGCAGCGUCGGUCACUACCACCUGUUCAUCGGGGACAAGGGCACCGGCAAGAGCAGCAUGCUCCUGGAAGCGAUGCGCAAGAUCGACGGCGACGGCGUGGCCAUGUUCGAAGCCCAUGCCGAUCUCGAGAUCUUCAGGAUCCGCCUGGGCAAGGCGCUGGACUACGAGUUCCACGAGGACUACAUCGGCGGCUACUUCAGCGAGCGCGGGCCGAGGGACACCACCGCCCUGCUCGACAUCGAGCGCGCCCUCAACAAGCUGGAGAAGGUGGCGCUCCGCAGACGGGCCAAGGUCGGGCGCCCGCUCGUCGUCAUCAUCAACCAGAUGCACCUGAUCAGGGACGACGAAGACGGCAAGGAUCUGAUCGAGCUGCUGCAGCAGCGGGCCGAGCAGUGGGCGGCCGCGCACCUGGUCACCAUGGUCUUCAACAGCGACGACUACUGGGUCUACGAGCGGCUGAAGCAGCUGGCGACCCGCAUGGACGUCCUCACCAUCAUGGACCUGCCCAAGGCGCAGGCGACGGCCGCCCUCAGGAACUACCGCCAGCGCUACUUCCACGAGGACCCUCCGUCCGAGAUCCUCGAGGAGGUCUACAACCGCGUCGGCGGCCGACUCAACUUCCUGAACCGCGUGGCCAAGAGCAACGACAUGCUGGAUGCCUGCGACAAGAUCAAGGAGACCGAGAAGACCUGGUUCUUGAAUCAAUGCUGGAUCCUCGGAAAAGACAUGGACGACGACGUCAUGGACCAGCAAAAGUGGGCUGCGGCCGCGGUGGUCCUAGCGGCCGCUCUGGUAGACAAGGAGAAGGAGAUGGAGACGACGUACGACCCCGUGGUGGGCCACGUGCUCCCGUCGUUUCCGCUCUACAAGGCCCAGGAGAUCAUGACCCGGGUCGACUUUGUGCGCGCCUUCGAUCGCCUGAACCUGUUUAGCAUCACGAGCGACGCCCAGGUCCGGGCCAGCUCCGUGCCCAUGCACCUCGCCUUCCGGGAGAUCGUCUCCCAGCCCGGCUUCCGCGAGCAUCUCCAGGGCACCAUCGACCGCAUCGCCGCCAUCGAGAGCCUCGGCCGCACACGGGAGCUUGUGGCCAAGGACUUGGUCCUCGGCGGGAAGUAUGAGAUACGGAAGAUCCCUGGAGGCAUUGACGUGUCACUACGGGAGAAGGAAGAAGAGGAAGCCACGGGCGAUGACGACAAGAACUGAUCGAAUCCGCUAUAUCUUGAUAAAGUUACUCCCUCGCGGGCGAUUCGAAGGGCACGAAACAAAACAAUAUAUGAUUCGGUACCCCCGGUU